AUGAAGGAUUACCAUAUUGUUAAAGAUCUGUGUUUAUGGGUAUUGGUUUUCAAAGAGCGACACCCAGACUUGUAUGAUAACCUUGCUGGGCAAUUGUCAAAGGCCGCGUCAGAGCCAUGUUGUCGUGUUCUAUACCGUGCCCCAAGUGGUCUUCUCCCGACCAUGACCUUGACAUUUGCAAAAGAUCAUGGAAUGGCAGCCGAUCAGUGCAUUGCAGCAAAUGGCCAAGACUAA